AUUUCCAUACAAAUCUGAAAUCUCCAUAAAAUUUCUCUCUCUCUCUCUCUCUCUCUCUCUCCCCUCAGCCUGCUUCACCGCUAUCCUCUAUCUCUCUUCUCACAUGGCCGGUUGCAGAACAACCCAAGCUCCGCCGAUAUCAUUCAAAAACCCCUCCCACUUGCCCUCCCGAUUCCGCAAAUUUACGCCCUGCCCUUCCCCCUCUACCAGGGGUUCCAUCGUAUGUACCUUAACCAAAGACUCGACGAUGGCCCCGGCCGCGGUGCAAUUGAGACCCGACCCGUUUGGAAGGUUCGGUAAGUUUGGCGGGAAGUAUGUGCCCGAAACCCUAAUGCACGCUCUCACUGAGCUCGAAUCUGCGUUCCGGUAUCUCUCCAAGGACCAAGAGUUUCAGAAAGAACUGGACGGGAUACUGAAAGAUUAUGUUGGUAGGGAGAGCCCUCUUUAUUUUGCUGAAAGGCUUACUGAGCACUAUAAGCGUCCCAAUGGCGAAGGGCCACACAUUUACCUCAAGAGGGAAGAUCUCAAUCAUACCGGUGCCCACAAAAUCAACAAUGCCGUGGCUCAAGCUCUGCUUGCCAAGCGCCUGGGGAAGAAACGCAUUAUUGCUGAAACUGGGGCCGGUCAGCAUGGAGUUGCCACUGCUACCGUAUGUGCCCGGUUUGGCUUAGAGUGUAUUAUUUAUAUGGGUGCUCAAGAUAUGGAAAGGCAAGCAUUAAAUGUCUUCAGAAUGAAGCUUCUUGGAGCUGAGGUUAGGGCAGUUCAUUCUGGGACAGCCACUCUGAAGGAUGCUACAUCCGAAGCCAUAAGGGACUGGGUCACUAAUGUGGAAUCCACCCAUUACAUCUUGGGUUCUGUUGCUGGGCCACAUCCAUACCCCAUGAUGGUACGAGAGUUUCAUGCGGUGAUUGGUAAAGAGACAAGGAAACAAGCAUUGGAAAAAUGGGGGGGGAAACCAGACAUUCUUGUUGCAUGUGUUGGUGGAGGUUCAAAUGCCAUGGGACUCUUUCAUGAAUUUGUUGACGACGAAGAUGUCAGAUUGAUUGGUGUGGAAGCUGCAGGUUUUGGAUUGGAUAGCGGUAAGCAUGCUGCUACCUUGACCAAAGGGGAGGUUGGGGUGCUGCAUGGAGCUAUGAGCUAUUUACUGCAGGAUGAUGAUGGGCAAAUUGUUGAGCCCCAUUCCAUUAGUGCAGGCUUGGACUACCCUGGAGUUGGACCAGAACACAGCUUUCUAAAAGACUUGGGACGUGCUGAAUACUAUAGCAUCACAGACGAAGAGGCGUUGGAAGCUUUUCAGAGAUUAUCUCGACUAGAGGGCAUCAUCCCAGCUCUGGAGACAUCUCAUGCUCUCGCAUAUCUGGAGAAGCUUUGUCCGACCCUCGCAAAUGGAACUAAGCUUGUGCUUAACUGCAGUGGCAGAGGAGACAAGGAUGUCCAGACAGCCCUCAAGUAUUUGCAGAUUUAAUCAUGGUGUGAACAGGAUUUCAUGACCACACAAAUUUUGUUAUCUUCUUAGGUAAAAAUUGAUCAGUUUGUUGUAUAAUGAAACCAAUGGUCUUUCUGUUGUAUUUGGAAUCAAUAAAGAGAUUCGAAUUCUUGUUUAUUCAUCUCAUUGGAGAGUAUGCCGAAAUGACAUGCCUGUCAAUUGUCAUUUUGGGAUACUUUGAUGUUGUACUGCAGAUGUUUUGAGUUUGAGGGAAGGAUUUGGUGAUGUUACUCUUUGAA